AUGCGAUUUUUAUCUUCAAAAUUAUCAGAAUUAUUAUUAAAAGAAGAAUCUAGAUUAGAAAAGUCUCAACAACGAAAAAGAAAAUUAAAUUUUUCAAAAGAAGAGGGAAAUGAAAACAAAAUAAUAACAAAUAGAGAAAUUUUGGAACAGUGUAUAAAAAAUAAAAAUUUGGGGGAAGAUGAGGAUUUGACAAAGCCUAGUAGUUCAACAACUAAUAACAGAAAGCGUCAUUUAACACCUUCAGAAAUUAGUUUUACAAAUAAUCUUAAACAACUAUCAAUAGCUACUAAAAAACCUCGUCGUCGCCUAUUUUCUUCACAUUCAUCAUCAAAUAAUUCUAUUAGUUUUCCUGGGCAGAAAAAUGAUUAA